AUGGAUCAAAUCAAUCAACGAGACUUCCAAACUGUUAGGCAAGUCAGCCAAUUCCAAUUCUUGAAGAAAACCAUCCCAAUUCUACUCUCACUCUCAGUAUUUUCCUUCCUGUUUUCUUACUACUCACCACUUCCUUUCCUUCUCCAUUCCUUCAAUCAUGAUGGUACUCCAUUUUCCAUCCAAACAGUUUCCUUUACCAUUCACAGGAAUUACAUAUUCCUCCUUUGCAAUGGAAUUCUUGUUUUUCUGAUUACCAGCUCUGGUCUGAUCACUAACCCUCAACUGGGUAGUGAUGUUGAUGGCAAACACAUCAAGAAGGACGGCGAAGAUCGGCGAUCAAUAGUGCCUGAAUUUUCUGAACCAAAAGCAUUGGUUAAUGAAGUUGUUGUAGUGGAAGAUGAAGAAGAUCAUGGAAGUGAAAAUGGAAUUUCGGUUCCGGCAAAGGGUGAUGAAAAUGGGCUCGUGGCUGCACAAGAUGAAGAUGAAGAUGAAGCAGAGUUUCAUGAUAUGGAAGAAGAGGAAGAAGGAAUUGGGGGGUUGUUGAGUGCAGAGGAACUGAACAAGAAAUGUGAGGAUUUUAUAAGGAAGAUGAAAGGAAUCAAAAUUGAGGCCCAACAUCAUCUGAUCAUGGUUUGA